UAGUUGGGACUGGCCUACCCAAAUUAAUACUUGCAUUCCAAUUCCAACAAUUCCAACAUCUGCCUGAAUAUUGAACCUGAUCCAAACCCUAAUUUACAUAUUUUAAUCAAAUAUAUUUAAACACUGAUAUCAUCUGUGAGCAAAAGUUGUCAUGUUCAGUCGCCCAGUUUGAUUCAGCCGAACCCUUGUUGCAGGUCCUGCUGUGACAGAAACUGACUUCCUAGUUCCCCUCUCGCCCCUCCGCCCCGUAGGCAGGGAAACUGAAUGAGCAAACUGUCAGGUGACUCAGCAUCUAUUGCUUUCAUUCCAAGUGCAGUCACCGCAGCAGCAGCAGCUCUCUCUGUUUCCUUUAAGCACCACCAUACUGAGAGCUGUUUGACAUGGCCCAGAGUAAGGAACAGAGAAUUUUGGAUUUUGUGCAGCAAAAUGCAGUUCAUGGGGACCCCCAAAGUGUUAUAGACCACAUUGAUGAAUACUGCAGUAAAAAGGAGUGGGCAAUGAAUGUGGGUGAUGAGAAAGGUCUGAUUCUGGAUCAAGUACUAAAGGAGACUGAGCCAUUAGAGGUGCUGGAGCUGGGCACUUACUGUGGAUACUCUGCUAUCCGGAUAGCUCGGCUGCUGAAGCCCGGUGCUCGACUACUUACUGUGGAAAUAAACCCAGACAAUGCUUCUGUUGCCAAGCAGAUGAUUCAGUUUGCCGGAGUAGAAGACAAGGUGCAGAUACUGCUUGGCUCCACCGAGACUGUUAUUCCUAACCUGCGGACACAGCAUGGAGUAAAGCACUUUGACUUUGUAUUUAUUGACCAUUUUAAAAACCGAUACAGUCCUGACACUAUGUUACUAGAGGAAUAUGGUUUGCUCAGGAAGGGCACAGUCUUACUCGCUGACAAUGUUGUGCUACCCGGAGCCCCAGAAUUCCUUGAACAUGUGCGGACAAGUGGUCGCUAUGACUGUACCAAUUACCCUGCCCAUGUUGAAUACAGUGAUAAAGUAGAUGCUUUGGAGAAGGCUGUGUUUAGAGGGUAGGGGUGCAUCAUACGGCCCCAUCAUAUUUUAAAACCCAGGAAAUACCAGAGUGACAUUAACAGAGGCAUAUUUACCCAAAGGGGGACUCUUCUGUGUGUGUUCUGGGACUGCACUGCCACACUACCUUAUUGAAAGAAAAACUUGCUGGAUCAUUUAUCUCCCUGUUCAUGUCUAUAAAUUGUAUUUAUUCCUUCAGUGGAACAUUGCAUUCCAGAGGGGUUUGCGUUCAGCUGAUAUAGAAACCAAAGAAAGAACUGAAGGCAAGCAAUGCAUUGUAUUGGAAUGUGCUAUUUUACUCACUUUCUAUACAUAUUUAGUAAAUAGACAGUACUGAAAAUAAACACCAUCUUCUUAUUCCAGAAACCAUA